AUAUCCAUUAAAUAUUACUAUAUUUCAAAUAUAGGAAAUGACACUAUUUAAAUAUAGUAACAUUUCCUAACUUCCUAAUUUCUAUUUGCAGUAACAUGUCUUUUAAGUUUGCUAUCGUCGAGUUUAUAAGUAAUCAUAGUGUAGCCACUAUUCCAGUGUCAUGGUUUGUUUCAGAAGAGGAAGAAGAGUGCUUCUUUCCUUCUAAAGUAAGCAGAAAUACAAUUAAAAAACUUGUUAGUGAUCAGUGUGAGUCAUUGGAAACUUGGCCAAAGUUUUUUGUUAGAGUUCUGGGAAGAGCAGCAACUUAUGAAAGGGCUGAAGAAAAGGUAACAAAAGCCUUGAGUCAAUCAGACAUUGGCACAACUGACCAAGAUGCUCCAGUGCGCAAACAAACCUUAAAGACGAAUAAACAUGGGCGUUUCAUUACUUCAAAGCGAAUUUUUUCAGAUUCUGAUACUGACAAUGAAGAAUCUCCUAGAAAAAAGUCAAAUAUGCUGCAACCUCCCAGUCCACCUCCAAGAAUAAAUUCUAAUGUUCAAUAUAAUCCUUCAAGUUCUACACCUGUUCAAUCAUUACAAAUCACUCCUCGUUGUCCACCUUGUACAACAAAUUGUGGUAAGCCAAGCGUCACAACUUUCCCGUGGCAUUAUUCCUAUAAAAGAACUCCAUGACUUCCAGCUAUUAAACGAUCAGCUCAAAACAGACUACAACAUUUCUAAAGCUCUGGUUAGAGAACAGUUUAUAUUUAAAUUACAUUAUAUAAUUUAAGCAAAUUUUAUGAUAGAAGUGCCAUUUGUGUAUUUUUGAAA